AAUAAAACUCAAAUUCGUUUGGGGACUCUCGUUUAGGACAUCGUGGUCUCUGAAAUCCUGUAUAUAAAUCGCAGUUACAUUUCUUCCCGCCUCGUCUCCUCCCAAAACGGCUAAAAUGCUUUGCUCUAAAGGAUUUCCUCCACUCUAGGCUUAGGUUCUCGCUCUCGCUUCCAUUGUAGGUUAAGUUGGAUUUUCGAUUUCUUCCCCAAGGAAGAUGAUGUACGCUGAUCAACCACUCCAGCAACCGCCACAGGGCGGUGAUUUUCCCAGAGGACCACCGAUGCGGCAGCCCUCAGCUUCUUCGAGUACAAUCCCGUCGGAUUAUCAUCACGCCUCCACUCCUGCUCCGCCUCCUCCUUACGACACUCAUGGGGAGAGUUUUGCAGCCAGAAGGAUUCGAAAACUUGUCCAGCGGAGAGCAGUUGAUUAUACUAGCACUGUUGUGCGAUAUGUGCAGACUCGUAUGUGGCAGCAGGACUCAAGGGACAGGACUGUGUUACAACCUACACCAGCUGCGGCGAUUGAUAUGCUGCCUACAGUUGCCUAUGCAGACAAUCCAUCCACAAGCUUUGCUGCAAAAUUUGUCCAUGCAUCUACUAACAAAAACAAGUGUCCAAUCAACAAAGUCUUGUGGUAUCCUACAGGGAGGAGGCUCAUCACGGGCUCACAAAGUGGUGAAUUUACUCUUUGGAAUGGGCAAUCAUUUAAUUUUGAAAUGAUUCUUCAGGCUCAUGAUCAGGCAAUUAGGUCCAUGGUGUGGAGUCAUAAUGAGAACUGGAUGGUCACUGGUGAUGAUGGGGGUUCUAUAAAAUAUUGGCAAAAUAACAUGAAUAAUGUGAAGGCAAAUAAAUCCGCUCACAAGGAAUCUGUUCGUGACUUGAGCUUUUGUAGGACAGAUUUGAAGUUCUGCUCAUGCUCUGAUGAUACAACUGUUAAAGUUUGGGACUUCGCAAGAUGUCAAGAAGAACGCUCAUUAUCCGGCCAUGGUUGGGAUGUUAAGAGUGUUGAUUGGCACCCAACAAAGUCAUUACUUGUGUCAGGUGGGAAAGACAACCUCGUAAAACUUUGGGAUGCAAAAAGUGGGAGAGAGCUUUGUUCAUUCCAUGGUCACAAAAAUACCGUGCUUUGUGUCAAAUGGAAUCAGAAUGGUAAUUGGGUGCUAACUGCUUCAAAGGAUCAAAUCAUCAAGCUCUAUGAUAUACGUGCUAUGAAAGAGCUUGAAUCUUUUCGUGGACAUCGGAAGGAUGUGACUGCUUUGGCAUGGCAUCCAUUCCAUGAAGAAUAUUUUGUGAGUGGGAGUUUUGAUGGAUCCAUCUUCCAUUGGCUUGUCGGGCAUGAAACUCCUCAGGUGGAAAUACCCAAUGCUCAUGAAAACAGUGUCUGGGACCUUGCUUGGCAUCCUAUUGGCUAUAUUCUGUGCAGUGGUAGCAAUGAUUACACAACAAGGUUUUGGUGUAGAAAUAGGCCAGGAGACCCCCCUCGUGAUAGAUUCAGCAUGGGGUACAUGCAAGGUUUUGGGGAGCAAAACAUUCCUCUUGCUGGCCGUGCAAUUGGUAAUUUCCCAGUACCUGAAGCACCAGCUACUCCAGGGCCAUUUGCCACAGGAUUGCCUCGAAAUGAGGGAACAAUUCCUGGUGUUGGGGUUGCAAUGCCAUUAUCCAUCCCAUCCCUUGACACAACUGAACAGGGAGAGCAGAAGCAGCCUCUUCCAGUUUCUCUGCCUGUUGGAGCCCCUCCACUCCCACCAGGUCCACAUCCAUCUCUUCUAGCCUCGAGUCAGCAAUCAUAUCAGCAAAUUCCUCAGCAGAUGCCUCCACAACAACAGCAUCCACAGCAAAUGUCAUCUCUACCACUGCCACCUCCAAAUUUGCCCCAGCUGCAGCCCCCAUCGCAUUUACCCCUACUUCCACAUCCUCAUUUACCUCGCCCCCCUCCACCCCAAUUACCACCACUUGGCAUGCCUUCGGCCAUUCCAUCUUCAGUGCCGGCAUCUUUGCCAUUGCCGCCACCACCUGGUCCAAUGGGUAUGCAAGGUUCAGCAAAUCAGAUGGUUCCUCCAUUGCCACAAGGCCACAUCAUGGGCUUGAAUCCAAUGCACUCUGGUUCAAUACCUGCUAAUAGUAUACCACCCCCAAUUGGUGGUUUUGCAAGCGGGAUGUCAAAUAUGCAGGUCCCUUCAAGUGCAAGUGGAGCCCAAAUGUACCCAAUGGGUGGUCAGUUCAAUCGGACACAAGGUGGACAGAUGCCUCUGGUUCCGGGACUGGGCACAUACCAGUCUGGGAGUCCAAGCUCAACUGGCAUGGGAUCGUUGGGACCAAAUAUUGGUCAUUCUGGUCUACCGCCCCCACCACCACAGUCUGCACAUGGUUCUGCACCUCAGUAGGCUAUUCGUUUAUAUUUAUGUAGAAAUGAAAGUAAUCAGAUUGUGCUGAACGAUGGAAAGACUCUGCCCAGGACAUGCAAAAUAUAAACACCUGCAAAUAUUCUUGGUCCAUUUUUCAUUUGGACCAUUGGAUUUCAGGGUUGUAACACAAUUGGAACAUUGAACCGGGAUUUCUGUACAAUGAGUUUGUGGACGAAGUUAGUAGAACGUUCACUCGGUUCAUCAUUUAAAAAUGACCUGACCUUUUUGUUUCCCUUUCUCCUCACUCAUCUUGCUUUUCCUUUUUGUUGAAAUAUACAGUUUCUUUACUGAUAUUA